AUGAUUCCUGUAGUUAUUUCCUUAUGUUUCUGUAUUUUAUUAAGCCAUGUUUUUCCUCUAGAAGAAGAAGUCAAACCAGGAAUUUUACAAGUAACAUAUGGUAGAAUUAUUAAUGGAGAAAAUGCGACUUUGGGACAAUUUCCGUGGCAGGUUGGUGUGGACCUCGGUUUUAACGAUACGAUUUGGUUUUGUGGUGGUAGUAUAAUUAGUGAAUACUGGAUCCUCACCGCUGCACAUUGUCUAGAUAGAGCAGAGUUGGCCUAUGUUUAUGUAGGAACCGUAGAUUUGGUAAUGGUUCCUGAAGUAAUAUUAUCGAGUGAAUUUAUUCUUCAUGAAGAAUACAACGCUAAUACUCUUGCAAACGAUAUUGGCCUCAUAAAGCUCAGAGUAAAUUUGAGUUUUAAUACUAUUAUUGCGCCGAUUGCUCUUGCUUCUGAACCACUAGAAGGUGGGGAAGAGGUUGUAGUUAGUGGAUUUGGUGUAACUGCUGAUGGCGAAGAUGGUGUAAAUCCGUUUUUAAAUUAUAUCACGGUUACCACUAUUACUAACAGCGAGUGUAUGGAAAUUUAUGGAAAUGCGAUUCUUGACAACAUGGUGUGUACUUCGGCAGGUGCUGAUCCUGUUAAAGGUGCUUGCAUUGGCGACACUGAAGGCCCUGCAGUUUUGAAUGCUGAUACUGAUCCUCUACAUGUUGGUAUUGCUAGCUUCGUUGGUCAGACGGGGUGUAAAAAUGGAAAUCCUUCUGGAUUUACAAGAACAGCUUAUUACAGAGAAUGGAUUAAAGAAAACACUGGUGUUUAA